ACAUGGAGUAAUGGUGUAAUAAUCUAUAUUAAAUACGUUCUGUAGAUCUGAUGUUAUUGAAAGAAUAUAGAUUGAUUUUAAGUACAAUCAUUUAGAUAGUCUUGGAAAUUCCUACGAGAUCCACUACUGAAAAAAAAACCGUAGGUACCCACCAGAUAUGAUUAACUUUCCAGUAAAUAAUUGAUUGGUUUUGAGAGUAAAUUUGCGAAUAUAUCUUUGAUAAACACUAACUAGUUGUUCAUAUUAAUAAGAAUAUGAAUCAUCAUUUGAAUGUUACUAAUGGUUGCUAAAAAGCGAACGAAAAUUUAUAUCCGCGAAUUCAAAUUAAAAAAAUUACUUGUCUGCAUGAUCUCAGUUUAAUAAAUUUUACUAAUGAAAUAUUUUGACAAUGCACAAAAUAUGCAAGUGGUUCUAAAGCACAGAAGUAACCAGAUCGUUCUAGAAAUGAAGUUGGUUAUUAUAUAAGGAAUCGGAGUGGACCAGAUUGUUUGAAUAUUUCAUUUUUUUUUCAUUAUCAAACAAAAAACAAAAUAUAAAAAUAAGAAAAUGGGAUUAAGAAGUACUUUAAAACUUGUUAACGCUAGAGAACAGGCUGAAGGCGCUGGUGCCAGAGUCAGAAGAUCAAUUGGGACUUCUGAGAUGAGAAGCUUCAACCCAUUUUUGAUGUUAGACCACUUCAAUGGCGGUGCCGAAGCUGGUUUUCCAGAGCAUGGUCACAGUGGUCAAGAAACAAUUACCUUAAUGUUGAAGGGAGCUAUGGCACAUGAAGAUUUUACUGGAUCCAAGGGGAUUUUAUACCCUGGUGAUUUACAAUUUAUGACAGCCGGAAAGGGUGUCGUUCAUUCUGAAAUGCCAGUUGCCAUCAACGGUGAAAAUGUUAUCUCUGGUAUGCAAUUGUGGGUAGAUUUACCAAAGAAAUUGAGAAAAACAGAACCAAGAUAUAGAGACUUGAGAUCUUAUGAAGUUCCAGAAGUUGUCGAACAAGAUGGUAAGGUGAAGGUUAAGGUUAUUUCUGGAGAGUCUUAUGGAGUGGAGUCAGCGCAUGAUUUGGCAUAUACUCCGGUUCAAUAUUAUUAUGUCACAUUGAAGCCAGAUGGAACGUAUACUCAAAAGGUUCCUGAAGAUUAUAAUUUCUUCUUGUAUGUGCUUGAGGGAGAUAACUUAGUGGUAAAUGAUGGCACUUCCGUGCCUGCACAUUCUAAUGUUUUCUUCAAGAGAGAUGGAGAUGAAAUCCGAGCUACGAACAAAGCUGAAAAGGAUGGAAAAGAUAUUGAGUUUGUAUUGAUUGGUGGACAAGUCUUGGACCAGGAAUCUGUUCAUUAUGGACCAUUUGUUGCCGACUCGGAGCAGGACAUUUAUGAGACAUAUACAGACUUCCAAUAUGGAAGAAAUGGAUUUGAAAAAAGAAGAACUUGGGAUUCAUUGAUCUCCAAUGGUGUUACAAAAGAUAUGAUAGAGAACCAAUUGAAUGGUAAUCUUGAAAAGAGAAAAGAAGCUGAACAAAAAUAUUUGGAAGAACGGGAAAAGGUAAAAUCGAAGGUUUAAGAUUUGAGUAAAAUGACAUAUAUAUACAUUUCAGUAGGAAAUAAUAAUUGUGAUAUUUAGUUAAUCUGCUUGUAGAAUUAGUUGAGGUGAUGGUACGUUUUAGGCACUUAAGUUCAAGUGAUGUAUUAAUUAAUUUGCUAUAUUAAUCUCUCAAAUACGAAUUUGGGACCUGUAUGACACUCCGUGUUGACUCCCUGUAUGAAUAGAAACACAUCUUCUCAAAGAGGAGAUUUCAACUACAGCGCCGUGCAGCCGCACAAUACCGAUGGAGAGGCUUGUUCCGGCAAACUCAUUACAUGUCCGAAUGCGCGGGCCGUAUCCGUUGGCCAUAAAAUCAUGAGUUUAGCACCUAAAGACAUCUGAUUAGCAAAUUUUAAUAUAUUAUGUCAAGAGACAUACUCCAAAUGAUUGUAACCUACGCUGGCUAAAUGAAUACUGGCAGUAUUCGAAGGACCAGCUUUUGUAUGUAUGUACAAGUUGUGC